AUGGGCAGCAUCGUGAAGCUCUGGAUGCCUCUACUCAUGACCUUCCUGUGCAUGGUGCUACUGUCUGUCCUGGGAGAGAUUAAGGAAAGACCAAGAUUAGGGGAUGAAGCUCUCAUUGAGGAGUGCUGGGGAAAUCCAAGCAUCAAUGAGUGUACCAGGAAGUGUUCUAAAUCCUUUAAAUGUGCAAACAUAAAUUACACCUGCUGUUGGACCUAUUGUGGAAACAUCUGUUGGAAAGCUGGGAUGCUGCUAUUCCUAAAGACAGGACUGAUGUACCCCAAAUCCUAG